AUGGAAUUAGUGGCUACCACAAUUCUAAAUGGAGGAGUCGAUACGGUCUUUGUUAUGCCAAACCUACAACCGCCGAUUACAAGUGUAGCUAAAGCUUUAGAAUAUCGGUCUCGUCUUCAAUCCAUCGAACCAAAAGUCCAUUAUCUCAUGUCACUCUACCUUCAUCCCUCUGUGACCCCCGAAGUGAUCGCUGAAGCCGCAGCCGCUGGUAUCACCGGAGUCAAGCUGUAUCCUCAAGGCGUGACCACGAAUUCCGAGUCAGGCGUGCCAGCCGAUUUUCUGAAAGCCUAUUCUCCUGUCUUCGCGGCCAUGGAACAGCAUGACCUGGUCCUUAAUUUGCACGGAGAGUGGCCAGGCCGCCCUGCAAGCGACGACAUUUCUCUCGAGGAAGCGUUCCUGCCGGAGCUUAUGAAGCUCCACGAGAAAUUUCCACGCCUUCGCAUUGUUCUACCGCCGCAGCUCUGGAUGCCGUACGAGCUUGUGGUCCAUCAGUUACUGGUUCGAACGAUAACAGCACAUCAUCUUUACCUGACGGGUGAGGAUAGCCAGACAGAUCCUCUGGCUUUUUGUAAACCGAUUCCCAAAAAGCCGUCGGAUCGAGAUGCCCUAAUUAAAGCUGUGUGCAGCGGCGACCCUAAAUUCUUCUUCGGUAGUGACAGCGCACCGCAUCCGUUAACCUCCAAGGUCAAGACCACAAGUGGCCAAGCAGUCCCAGCAGGCGUAUUCACACAGCCUUUCGCUACCCAGCUUGUGAUUCUAGCGCUUGAAGAGGCCAUUGAAAGGGGGGUCCUUGAAGAAGAUGAGGUCACACAGGACCACCUCGAGCAGUUCCUAAGUCGAUCUGGACGGCGCUUCUACAAACUGCCUAAUCCUGAUCCCGAACGAAAACCCAAGAUCGUGUUGGAGAGAAAAGGCGAGACAAUUCCCACGAGCAUAAAGAGCGCCGAUGGCACUGUGGAAAUUGGCUUAUCAAAAUCCAUGGCUCCUGUUUUCAGUUUAAGCUGGCUUACUUAG